AUGGACCAGUCGUCGCCGGCCGUGGACAUCUCCAGAGAUAGCUUCAUUGCCGAUAAGAUGAGGAUGAAUACAUUCAGACUGGGCAAAAGUCUCCCGUCAAGUAACACUGCCCCCAAUGCGCCCAAGCCAGCUCAUGCACGUUCCCACUCUCGCAACAGUUCUGUAUCAGUUCCUUUGUCGAUUUCCACUGUACACAAUUCAAUGACUUCAGUGACGACCGUGGAUUCCCCCCCGACGUCCCCGUCGCGGACCUCGUUGGGUGCUUCCAAGCGCAGUUCUCAUCAUCGCCGUCGCUCUUCGGUGUCUACCCGUCGCGAAUCUGCGGAUUUAAUGGGCGUCUCUUUGCCAAGUGUUCCGACUUCAGUAUCAGAUGACAACAUCAACCUUGGUGACAAGGAUUCUGUUCGUCGACGCGCGCUUUGGGCACUGGAAGGAAAGACAGAGGUUGGCAAUUUUUCCAAGGUAGAAAUCCCGGAAUUCGACACUGCAGAACUUGGGAAGCGAACAUUUGAGUUGCCGACCAAGCCUUCGUAUCCACCGGGUAUCGGCGCUGGAUACGGAGGUGGUCUCAGUUCUCUCCUGGGCAACAAGCGUGAUUCUUUUGGCAAGUUUAUGGCAUCUUCAUCCUCGAAGGAACAACUGCACACUCUCAUGGAAGAAGAGGAAGAAGAAGAGGAGUCCAUCGAAGAGGAUCCACCUCUUUUGGCAGGUCAUACGCAAGACCCGGAGCAAAUAGUGAGCUCCCCGGUGGAAGUUACUAUCACGAGACCUUCUCCAGCUCCCGUUCGCCACCGUCCCGCGAGCCUCAACUUACGUCCACUUUCGCUUGCCUCUGGUACGAUCGUUCAGGCUGCGUAUGGUGACCUUCCGACGCCCGCACUUACUCCUACUCACCAUCCUGGUUUGAAGUCGCUUACUCUGGCCGCAUCUCCUAGCCUCAGCUCCAAUAGUGCGACUACUAUGGGAUCAAACAAGCGACAGUCGCUCGUGAUGCCUCGUUCCUUCACUCCUCCUUCGAUCCUUUUUGGUGGCAGGCCAUCGCUGAAUGUUUCCACGGAAGGUGCAGCGCCCAUUCCCGCACCCCCAACUCGGCGCAGCAGCAUCUCGUACAUAUCUUCGACCCCCCCGCUGUCUGCCAUUGGACUUCCCACACCCGAGAUGACACCUGUUUCAGCCACGAUGGAACGGCGUCCUUCCAGUGCGAGCGCUGAUAUCGGAUAUACUUCACACUCCGGACGUCCCCUUUCUGCCAGUGAGCAGCAUUUUUUAUUCCAGGCGCACGCGACGCUCGUGCGGCGCAUAACGGAUCUGGAGCGCGCCCUCUCUGCGCGCCCCGUGGCCCCGCGCUCGCGUCCGCUCUCGUGCGCGUCCGACGUUUCUGCAGUUUCUGGGCAGAGUGAAGUUAGUGAUGAAAUGCUGCUGCUCAUUGCCGACCUCAAGGCUGAGAGGGAUGAGCUGAAGAAGGAUGUGGAUGGAUGGCGCAUGCGUGUUCACGAUAUUGAGCGCCAGAUGAGCGUAUUUGCGAAGCGAGUGGAGGUAGAGCGCAGGGAUGCGUGGGUAGCGAGAGAGCGCGUCGGACUAUUGGAGGUGGAGAAGAGUUCGCUGGAGAAGACGCUCAGUGAAAAUGCGGCAGCAGUGGAGAAAGGUUUGCGGCACUACGAGCGUGCGAAGGAAGAUGCGCAGAAUGCGAAGGAGGAGUGCGAGAAGCUGAGAAGCGAAGUGGAGAGGUUACGGGAGACAGAGGAGAACUGUGCGCGUCUUCAGGCUGCUCUCAAUCAAGAACGACUGAAGAUGGGGGAAUUGGAGAGAGAGCUCGAAGGUGCCGGAUUAUUGGCAACUCCCCGUCCCUUCGAUAUGCCUGUUCAGCCCAUGCCCACCGUGAUGUCGAGGACCAUGAUGAUUGCCAAGAACAGAGGCCUCGGAUUCAGGUCUAUCGACUCGGAGAGUUCGUUUACAGAUGUCGACUCCAUUGACAGCCCUGGCUUCAGUACAAUGGCACUGAAAGUCGUCGAAGAGGUCGACGAGGAUGACAGCCGGGAGGAUACACUCUCCAACGGCUCAGAUGUUGGUGAACUCUCCAGGUACGAAGAUGAAGAGGAAGAUGAUCUGUUUGCCUUCCCGACGUCCUUCUCUACGUCGUCUUUUGGGUCUGUGGGUGACUAUGGCCGUCCGAACUCUCAUUCUCGCACCGAUGUGACUGAGGCCUCGGUGCCCGCUCUAACCGCCAGUCGUUCAAACUCGUCCUCACCUACUUCCAUUCCUUCUCCGAUUCCCAUCGAGCCUAUUCAUUCUCGCAGGGUAUCUCUCUCGAAGACUUGGACCUUCCCCGCCGGAUCGAACGAUGUCUCGACGUUUGGCCGUGAGCCUGAAGAGGUUGAUCACUUCUUCGGCUGCUUGGAAGAUGUCGAUAAUUCUCCCCCUUUGGGGUCUAGGCUUCGCUCAGUCGAAAGCGGCAAGAAUUUAUUCUCGCAGGCUUUGAUUCAUGAUGAUGAUGACCUUCCGCCCUUCGUCUUACCUGCUGAUGUUGGCGUGGAAGUCUUGUCUCCGGAGAUUGAUGAGCCGAAACAUGUUUUGGAUGUCGUCAUCGAAGAAGAGGAAGAGGCGGAAGACCAAGCUGAGGACAAAGAGCCGAUAGAUCAGGAUGACGAGUUUGUAGGAGAAGUUGACGAGGGCGGGAUCAAGUUCACCUUCAAUAUCCCUGUCGCUUUUGAAACACCUGACACUUCGGCACACGACAAUGUCCUGUCUCCUGCGGCGAAGAACUCCACUUCUGUGUCUGACCCUUUCGUCGACCAUGCGUCAGACUCGAGUUUCACCUCUCAGACCCGCGCCCAGCGCAGUGUCACCUCUCCUUCCUCUAUCCCGCGUCUGUCAGCUGCAAAGGUUAUCACGUCGUCGAUUCUUGUCCCCAGUUUCUCGACACCGGUGAAAUCAUCUGUACCUCGCGAAUCCCCCGGUGCCUUCGUGACGCCACCAGCUAAACGUGGAGGUACACCGCCUACGUUCAUUCCGCAGCCACGCUGCCAGGCAGGAUCUCCGUUUAAGACUCCGUCCUCCAACAAAGCUCCGUCGUUCAUACCCCAGCCGCGCCGUGCUACACCGCCUUCGUCUUCGAAGUCAUCCUCAAUCGCUGUCAUGAGCCCCACUACCAAUGAGUUGAACGCCUCUUCCAGGUUUCGUAAUGCCGUUACCUCGCACCCUCCCGUUGCGACUGCAGGAAUGAACUCUCCUGCCCCGUCUGCGGGCCCGUCCGUAGCUGAGGUGUCCGAGCCUUCUCCUUCCUCCCCGUCGCUCAUGUCACCCACGCUUGCUGCACGAUUCCAAACACUGACGAAUUACCUCCCAAUGCCUUCCCUUCCCUGGUCUCCCCGUUCAUCCAAGGCGACGGCGGUCGCAGCCGCAUUAUGUUUAAUUCCCGAGAGCGCUAGCAGCUCGAGCACCGCAAGCGGAGACACCAGCCAUAACCGAGUGUCGUCUUCGUUUGUGAAUAGCAGCGUUACGCCCACUGUUACGCAGGCGACGGGGCGAGGCUAUGUUCCUAAAGAGAGGCAACUGGAGAAAUUGAGGGCGCGGUUGGAGGAAGAACGUCGGUUGAAAAACCGAGGGAUUCUUGCCAUCCCCAGGGAUUCUCUCGAUGGAGUGUUGCACGUCUGA